AUGCCUCGAGUUAUCGUAUCAGUUGGUGGUGGCCACAUUACAGAGAUUCACAGGACGGUUUUGCAAAUCCAAAAAGCGCUUCUGGAGGCCUUUGUCGAUACAGCAGUGGUCAUCGCAGAUUUGGAUGACACGGUGACAAGUAAGGAGCGCAACUAUUCUGAUAGCGACUACAAUUUCGAACAGAUCUUGGCGCGGGUGAAAAACGCUGAAGCUUUGGAGCAGUGGGAAGUGGUGUUAGUUUGCGGCCGGUACGCUUUGUUUGACUCACGAAUCAAUGAGUUAGCACAACUCAAGGUUUUCCUGGAUAGUGACGGUGAUCGCAGGUUGAUUGACCUGAUCCAGCGAUUCCAAGUUCAAAGCUCAGAACAGCUUGCAGAUCUUAUUCAAGAGUAUUUGAGUGGACUGAGGCCUGAAAUGCAGAAGUACAUCGAGCCCACACGCGCGCAUGCAGACCUCAUCAUUCCCAGCAACGGCGACAGUGUGGGGGCAGCAAUCGUGGUCGAUAGCAUUGUGAAGAUCGUAGAGGACAGCAAGGGCGGUGCGCAGUCAGGGGCCACACGACUGUACCCUCAACUGGACUUCCAGGCUGAAUCACUGGACAUUGAGAAGGAACAAUACCAAGAUUUGAGCUAG